CCAUGGACCCCGCGUCGUCCGGCCAGUCCAAGGCCAAGAAGACGAACGCCGGCAUCCGGCGCCCGGAGAAGCCUCCCUACUCGUACAUCGCGCUCAUCGUCAUGGCCAUCCAGAGCUCGCCCACCAAGCGCCUGACGCUCAGCGAGAUCUACCAGUUUCUGCAGAGCCGCUUCCCCUUCUUCCGCGGCUCCUACCAGGGCUGGAAGAACUCGGUGCGCCACAACCUCUCGCUCAAUGAGUGCUUCAUCAAGCUGCCCAAGGGCCUCGGGCGGCCGGGCAAGGGCCACUACUGGACCAUCGACCCGGCCAGCGAGUUCAUGUUCGAGGAGGGCUCCUUUCGGCGGCGGCCGCGCGGCUUCCGAAGGAAAUGCCAGGCACUCAAGCCCAUGUACAGCAUGAUGAACGGGCUGGGCUUCAACCACCUCCCGGACACCUAUGGCUUCCAGAGCUCGGCCGGCGGCCUCUCGUGCCCGCCCAACAGCCUGGCGCUGGAGAGCGGCCUGGGCAUGAUGAACGGCCACUUGCCGGGCAACGUGGACGGCCUGGCUUUGCCCAGCCACUCGGCGCCCCACCUGCCCUCCAACGGCGGCCACUCGUACAUGGGCAGCUGCGGCGGUGGGGCGGCUGGCGAGUACCCACACCACGACAGCUCGGUGCCCGCCUCCCCGCUGCUGCCCGCCGGCGCCGGCGGGGUCAUGGAGCCCCACGCUGUCUACUCGGGAUCCGCGGCCGCCUGGCCGCCCUCGGCCUCAGCGGCGCUCAACAGUGGCGCCUCCUACAUCAAGCAGCAGCCCUUGUCCCCCUGCAAUCCUGCAGCCAACCCCUUGUCUGGCAGCCUCUCCACGCACUCCCUGGACCAGCCAUAUCUGCACCAGAACAGUCACAACGCCCCAGCCGAGCUGCAAGGCAUCCCACGGUAUCACUCCCAGUCCCCCAGCAUGUGUGACAGAAAGGAGUUUGUCUUCUCUUUCAAUGCCAUGGCCUCCUCGUCCAUGCACUCAGCCAGUGGUGGCUCCUACUACCACCAGCAGGUCACCUACCAAGACAUCAAGCCGUGUGUGAUGUGAGGCUGCGGCCCUGGGCCCUCCCGGCACUGGACAGCCGGUGGCAGGGACCUCGGAACCCAGCGCAAGAAACUGUUUUAUUCUCGAGGUAUAACCGUCGGCAGAAGACAAGGGUUUGACCCCUCCCCAACCGGAUUUUAUGGAAAGGAAUCCCCAACAAAAAGACCGGGCACUAUGGUCAUCACCUCCUUCCCGACUCCCUCAAAAAAAUUUUAAAUGGUGAUGGUGGGGUCUGAUCUGACUGCAGCUGUUGGAAAAUGAAUGUUCUCGAUCCUGUUGAAACCGACUGCGAAGGUGCUGCAUUGGGGGAAAGCCCUGACGUCUAAACGAGAAAUCUGCUGAGGUCUACCCGCUUUCUCCCCUCCGAUGGCAAAAGUGGGGGGAGGUUUUGAGAAGGAAGGCAAACAUGUGAGACCAAUUAUUAUCAAAUACCUUUAUUUUUUGGUCGGAUAUUUAUCUUUUUAUUUUUAAUUUUUUUUUGAAAGAAUGUCUCGGAAUGCGCAAGUCUCCGGUUAGAGCCGUCUUUUGCAGGAGGGGAGGGGACCAGAACUUGAGUCCCUCCUCUCCACCUGGGAAGCCUCCUCCUGAAACCGCAGGUGGAUCUCUGUGCUAACAACUUGCAUUUCUGAAGCCUCUGUUCAUCUUUAAAAAGAAAAUAGUAGGAGCCGAGGAGUGGGCCUCUGCCUCCCCUCUUACCUUCCUCUUCUUCCUUUCCUUCAGCCUCUUGUUUUGUUUUGUCUUGAAUUUUAUUUUGACUUUUUUCGUGGGUAUUUCUCUCUCUCCCGUCUCUACUGUAAAACUUUCUGGUCCAAGAACGAGCCCAAGGCAGCAAGAAGCGGGGACUGGGAAGGCCCGGUGACCGCAAGUAUUCAGGAUUGCGGUGACUCAGAAAGGUUAAGGCACUUUUAAAACUAUAGCAAAACUCAACUGUUAUUUAUUCUAUUUUCUUUCCCUAAUAAUCGAAACACCUCUUAGUCUCUUCCGUUUAUCAGUAUUAAUGGUGUAACUUUGUUGGCAAUAUUUGCCGUGUAGAAUUUUUUUUUUUUAGAUAACCAUUGUAAAUUUGAAACAAAGAUCAAUCUGUGUAAAAACAAAUUUCCAUAUGUUUUAUAUAAAUAUAUAUAUAAUAUGAAGGACUACCCUCCUUUUUUUAGUAUUUUGGCUGCUGGAGUGCAGCGUUUGCGACACGUAUUUUAAAUUUACUUCUGCACUGUAUAAAAUGACAAGUUGAGGAUGUUUUGCCUUUUGUGUAUUUUUUUCCUAAAAAAAGAACAAAAAUAAAAAUGUAUAACAUUUGUA